AUGAAGACUGACUGGGUGGGCGUCCGGUUUUGCGGCGAUGAGAGAGACGUCCCAAAGAUCGAAUCACACCUGGGGAAGUUAUGGAAGGGAGAGCUAGUGUUACCGGAUGACGGGCAUGACAUUUUCGGUGCUUUUUGCGUGAUCUCAAUGCUGGCACAGGGACUCCUCGCCUCUCGGAUCUGGUAUCUCAAGAAAUUGAACUACGCCGCACCAAUCAUCCGGGGGCUUCUUGCUCUGCUGGAUGAACCUUGGUGGAGCAGAAUAUGGGUGGUCCAGGAAACUGUUGUGUCUGACAACGCCGUUGUGUACUACAAAAACAUAUCGAUGCCAUGGGACGCGUUUUCCAAAGCUUCCUUGUGCUACCUGACAGGGAAGGUUACAGAACAGCUGGGAUCUGCACCUUCCAAGACAUAUGGGCCUCCGUUGGCCAGGUUCCAUCGACUGGUCAACGAGAUUGACACCACCAAGAGGGACUGGAAUGCAUUCGAGCCUUCUGCACUCCUUCCACUGUUGAGGAAGUUCCGAAACCGAGACGCAAAAGAAAAAGGAGACAAGGUGUUUGCCUUGGUCGGCUUGGUGAACUUCUGGGGCCAAGACCAGCCCCUGACCCCCAACUAUAGACUCCGGCCUAGCAAGGUGUACUGGGAGACGACAAAGCACCUCAUACGAAGCUCCAAGACACUUGCAGUUCUAUCAGGAACAACCGCGAGUGGAAUACAAAUCAACCCUGGUUUUCCAACGUGGGUGACAGACUGGAGCUACCGCCCUUCUUCUGAUGGGGCAGAUCGGCUAAAGAGUCAGCACUUGUACAGAGCGGCUGGACAGGCCAUGGACGGAGUCAAUAUCCAUGGGCAAACACUUCUUGAAACCAAGGGAUACUGUGUUAAUCUUAUCUCGCUGGUUCAAAGCAGCAAUGAUACUCUUGGAGAAGACGUCCAGACAUGUGUUGCGAAUUGGAAGCUGUGUCUGCCUUGGCCUGACGACGCUCCUUAUACACAUGGGGGUUCAGUCAAAACUGCGUUUGGAGGAUGA